GCAUGAUGAACAAAAGCUUCAUCUCACUAAACGGCACUGCAAGUCCAGCUCAUGUUAAAGGGAACUACACAAAGUGUGGCCAGAUGAGUAUGAAAGCACCAGACGCUGGAGAUGUGAUUGACAGAGGACAGAACAGGACCUGCAAGGAGAGACGUGGACCAGGUAAUGUGACACGCUGUCAGGUGCCAAGACAACGCCCCUUGUCAACAAGCUCCAUGAUGACUGUGACCCUGCGCUCUCAUCAGCGGCAGUGGGCGGACGACAUCUGUGUAUGUGGGAUCUUCCCUGUUAUUAUUGAGAAGAAGAACAAGAAGAAACCACAGCCUCCUCAACGAAGCGUGUCCUACCAGCGACCCCAAUCAACAACACAUUCUUCCUUCAAACGUUACUCCUGCCCACCAAUUGGGAUCUCUGCCUCCUCAGGUCAGUCAUCCUCAUCCUCUUCCUCCACCACCUCCUCCUGCUCCUCACCUCCUCCUGUCCAGACAUCUGUCAUCACUGGCCACGAUCCUCUUGGCUGGAAGCUGCAACCCAUUUCAAGCUCCAGCUCUUCACGGGCACGUGCGAACAGGCUGUCUCUGCAGAUUCCAAUCCCUGUCAUCCCCGUCUCCAACUCUCCAAACUCAGAGCCUUCAUCCAAAACCAAGCCUGAACUCAGACCCAAACCUCCACGGCGCCACAACUCCGAAUCCUCAGCCUUCCUAAGAUCACUGGCUAACCCUGCCGUGACACCUGAGCAGCUCUGCACUGUACAUCUCCGCCCCAUCACCUUUUCAGAUGAAGUAGACAAUGUCUUUGGAGAAGUGACACAAGAACAAGAGGGGACAACUGCUCCGCCAUGCAAAAUACCACCACCUGUUAUGGAAAAAACCGCCAUGGCAAGACAGAUAGCCCAGCUAAUCGCUAAUUCACGGCAGUGCUACAGGCCCCUGAUGGCUAAAAACAACAAAAACAUUUACAGCAGUGUCAUAAAGCCAAAUAACAACAACAAGCCUGCUGCUAAAAUGGCUGGGCUGCAUCUUCAAAAUGGCAUGACGUCAAACUUCGAUGUGCAGGAAGAAAGCAGAAGACUCUCCUAAUCUUCAUCAGAAAAUACUACUAGAAUGGAUGAAGAAUGGAGAACAUGUACGUCCCUGAGGACUGAGCGCCAUGCUUCAUUAGCUUUAUUUUGAGUUAUUCUGAAAUAGCUGAGCUUUCUAUAGAUUAAAAUACACUUUUCUGGUUCCCUCGAAAGAAAACAAGUGAUCUGGCUUCAACUUUAAUUUUUGUUUUAAUUCCAGAGGAAUUUCUGUUUGAUUCCAUCCUUUCUUUUGUCAGCUCUUUCUGUUGAAUAUGAUUGUUCUCUGACCAAAAUAAAAACUAUUAAAGCCAUGUGAAAGAAUACUUUUGUAUAAAAAGUUGUGUGAAAAUUAUAUGGGUGGUUGGUUGUUUUGUUUUUUUCUUUUGUUGUUUGUUGUUGUUUUUGUCAGAUCAGCAUCACACCAUCUGACGUUGUGGUACUAUGAUCUACUUCCUACAUUGUGAUACAAACUUGGGUAAACCUUUGUGCAUUUAGCUGACAAAAGCUUGAACUGUAUGCAGCAACAUGCCAUUCAGCAGGAUGCCCAUUCAGCUGUCUUAUUUAGUAAAAGAAAGUAGUAAAAAAAAUUAAACAGAUAUAAAACCAAACAUUUCAUGUAGCUGAAUAUUCUAGCUGAUUAAACACAUCUCGUAAUACUGAAUACAGUUUUCAGUUUUAGAUUUUUUUUUUCAAAUUAAGUACAGGAUAUAAUUUAAGGAGCCUCUCAGUCAUGAGGAAACUCUUUUUAUUAAACUAAUAAAGACUUUUUAGUUUCAAGAUCUAUUCUGUUGCAAAGAAAUGACAUGUUUCAGCAACCUAUUUUUUACGUAAUUGUUGUUGCUUGUUAAAGCCAUUUAUGGCUAAAUAAAUUGCACAAAAAUUUGUGGGAAUGAGCUGUCAAUUGUUUGUUUCCUAUAAAUCAUAUGCAGCCAUUAUUAGAUACCGAGUUAGUUGUAGUUCAAAUUUUGGGUACCCUGUCACACAUAAAAGUGUCUGGAUUAGGCUGUAAUGUCAGCAGCUCACCAGUAGGUGUCCGUAUAGCAGAUAAUUGUAAAAAACAAAGUAAGAAAUAAUGAAAUGAUUUCUUUUUUUAUAUUAUUUGCAAGAACAUCUUUAACAUUUCAGUACAGACUGACACUUUUUGUCAGCACUGUAACAGAUUUAUAAGCUAAUGAUGACCAAAUUUAGGCAAAAC